UCAACAGUAUAUACCCUACGUUAUAUUUAAUGUAACAGACGGCGAGGUCAUACUACAGAAGUGCGUAUUUAAAGAAAUGUUAUCAUUCCUCAGUAGAAGGUUACAUUUCAGGUACAAAUUGGUGACGCCUCCGGAUGAAGAAUGGGGAUCUUUCGUUGACGGGAAAUGGAUCGGCGCUAUUGGGAUGGUUACUCGAGGGGAAGCUGAUAUAAUUCCCUACCUAACCCUGACACCUAGCCGUCAUACAGUAAUGGAUUACAGUAAGCCCUUAGCUGCUGUCAAAUAUGGCAUUUUGGUCGCCUUUCCAAGUGAACCACCAAGGGCCUUCAUCUUCUUGAGACCUUAUCGAAAAGAGGUCUGGUGUCUGAAUGUUAUCGCCGCUAUUCUCAUGAGUUACAUGCUGUUCUUAAUGCACAAGUGGAGCUGCAAAAUAUGCAAAAUAGAUAAAAAACAAACGAAAGAGUUAUCGUCAUAUUCUCGCUGCUUUUGGUUAAUAUACGGUGCCACGUUACAGCAAGGAGGAACUCAUCUUCCUGUUACAAAUUCGGCACGUCUGGUCCUCUCCUCCUGGUGGAUUGGAGUAAUGGUCAUUAUGGCGACCUACAGUGCAAAUUUAAUUGCAUUUCUAGCUUUUCCCGAAACAAAAUGGAUUGUAAAAUCUCUUGGAGAUUUAGCCAAACAUAAGACAAUUCAGCUCGCAAUAAUGAGGAGCUGUCCAGUUCUAGAAGAUUUCCAGGAGUCGAAUAUCGAAGUUUUUGAGCAAAUUCGGAAAACAUACUUGAAAAAUCCAUUGCGUCUUCGAGUACUAAAUCGACGCAAUUUCAAAAUUGUUGACGACGUCGCAGCAGGGAAGACAGUUUUCAUCGACGAUAUGAAUUAUUUAGCCAAAAUGGUAGAAACGGAUUAUCAAAAUCAUAAUCGCUGUAGAAUCACCAUCGCACCAUCAACAUUUUCAAGAAAAGAUUUUUCUCUUGGCCUUAGACGAGGAUCAUCUCUGAUGCCUGCCAUUAAUAUGGAGAUACAACAGAUGAAGGAAAGCGGCAUAUUGAGACACUGGAAAGAUAACCAUAGUCCUCAACGAGACGAAUGUUAUGAUAUCACUACCAUCCUUCAAAAUCACAGCGUCAAAGUCACUCUGGAAGACCUGCAAGGGCCUUUCUACUUAUUAGUAUUGGGUCUUUUAAUAGGACUGAUAUCCCUCACUUCAGAAUUCUUGUGGGCCAAAACAAAAACCGCGUAUAGGAGAUACAUGAAAAGAAAGUUCUUUAUUAGGACUUUUCAUCCAACUUGAGUGCUCCGUGA